GGGCAGCGGUUGUUGAGGUUUCUGCAUCAAGCUUGAAUCUCGAAUUCCAGCUGUUUUCAGGUGGCGUUUUCUUUGAGUCGAGAUGAUGAACGUGGUCAGGUUUGGGGCCAUCAGGAUACUUCGAAAUCGUGGUUCUGAACUGAAGUUGAUUUUUUUGACGCUCGUCGUUAUCUAUGUGACUAUACCGUUUGCCUUCAAAAUGUGUCCUAUCAUAGUGACAAAGGUCGUUUAUCUUAAUUUUUUGCGACGGCCAUUUAUUGAUUUUAAACAACCUGCAAACUAUUUACUGAACCACACUCUAAAUUUAUAUCUUACUCCCGAAGAAGGAAUUACAGUAGGGGUUUGGUUUACUAUACCAGACAAGAGAUGGCACGAAGCUAGCGGGAAGGACCAGCAGUGGUAUGAAGCUGCCCUGGGAGAUGAUAAUCCAGUAAUAGUUUACCUUCAUGGGAAUGGAGGCAGUAGAGCUGUAGGACACAGAGUUGAACUGAUAAAGAUGCUGAGUGCACACGGGUUCCAUGUAUUAGCUCUAGACUAUCGAGGAUGGGCAGAUUCUACUGGUGAACCUAGUGAAGCAGGAAUUACCACAGAUUCGUUAUACCUCUUUGAGUGGACCAGAGCUCGCAGUGGGAAAAGUCCUGUGUGCCUAUGGGGACACUCCCUAGGCAGUGGUGUUGCCACAAACACUGCACGGAUCCUACAUGAGAAAGGAAGCCCAGCUGAUGCUAUUAUACUGGAAGCUCCAUUUACCUCUGUGCGAGAAGAAGUAGCCCAUCACCCAUUUGCUGUGUAUUACAAGCUUUUUCCUGGAUUUGAAUGGUUCUUUAUGGAUUCAAUAACAGAAAAUAAUAUUUUCUUUCAUAAUGUUGAAAAUCUGCAGUCAAUUUCUACUCCUGUGUUGAUUCUGCAUGCUGAAGAUGAUAACAUUAUACCAUUUGAGUUGGGCAAAAAGCUCUAUGAAAGUCUACUGGAUUCAUGGACAUCAGGAAGACAAGUCAAGUUUGUUUCAUUUCCUGCAUUUCUUGGAUACAAGCAUAACAACAUUUACAAAGACCCACAAUUGCCAGAUAUAAUAAAAGACUUUGUCAAGACCAUGCACAGAUAUUGAACUUAGAUAUGGGCACUGACAAUGGCAGUACAGUUCUGUUGUAUGCGUAACAAAUUUAUUUUGCACAUAUUGUGACUGC